AUGGAGACAGGAAAUUAGUAGAGAAAGGACAAGAGAAACAACAUUGUAACUAGUUUAAUUCAAAUAAGUCAAGAGAAUUGUUUAAGUUUCUAUCAAAUAAAUCUUUAAGAAUAUGAAUCAACAGACACAGAAUACUUUAAAAACAUCUUUAGAUCAGAAUUACAAAGCCAUUUAUUGAAACUCAUUGAAUUGGAUUAGUAACAAAAACACUUUGGAAAAUAGUGUGAAGAGAAAAAAUUUUUGAAUUUUAGAGCAAUAUGUGGAAAAUGUGUCUCAGACAAUGAAUUAGAAGUAUAGGAAAGUGAGAAUUAAGUGUAAACUUAUCUUAGUGUCCUUUUAUUUCAAUUUCUUGGAGGUUUGAAAUUUUAAGUAAAGAGAAGAUACUUAGAUAUCAGAUAAGUAGGAUUUGAAUUUGAAUGGUCAAAUAUAGAAUGUCUAUGA